UUCUCGAGUUGAUCCCUCUCUUUCUCCGAUAACAAUCAUACGCCGUUCGCAUGAGCUGUGAGGAGGACGGCGAGAUGCCGGCGGCAGUGGCGGAGGUGCUGGAGAACGACGACCUUCUCUGCGAGAUCCUCCUCCGCCUCGCCCCGGACCCUUCCUCCCUCCCGCGGGCCUCCCUCGUCUGCCACCGCUGGCGCCGCCUCGUCUCCGACUACGACUCCUCCGUACACGGCGGCGCCGGCUUCCUCCGCCGUUUCCGCCGCCGCCAUCUCCAUCGCAACAACCCUCUCCCCCUCAUCGGCUUCCUCGAGCAGCGCCUAGACCAGCACCUCCACCUCGUGCCCACCCUGGACCCGCCCGACCGGGUCCCGCCGGGACGCUUCUACCUCCGCCAUGACGACCGCGACCCUUUCCGCCUCGUCGCGUGCCGCCACGGCCUCCUCCUCCUCUUCUACACCUCGCGGAACAAGCUGGACACGAUCCUCGUCUGGGACCCCAUCUCCGACGACCGCCGCUACCUCGAUUCCCCCCAGGGGCUCUCCGAAGCUACCAUGGCCCCCUUCCACGGCGCCGUGGUCCGCACCGCCGCUGGAGCAGAUCCAAAGCCCGACCAAUAUUCCCAAUCCCAAUUCCAGUUCCAGGUGGUCCUCGUAGCCACCGACGCCACCGACUACGACCAACCGGACACGCACGCGUUCGCCUGCGUCUACUCGUCGGAGACCGGCGAAUGGGGGGACGUGAUCUCGACGCCGGUCCCGCCCGACGAUAUAAGCCGCCACAUCUGCAUGGUUUAUCCGGCCAAGCCCGCCGUGCUGGCCGGCGGUUCCCUCUUCUGGCUGCUCAUGGGGGGCGAAGCCACGGGGCUGCUCGAGUUCGAUCUGGGCACGCACCGCCUGGCCGUGUCGCCGGUGCCGGUGGACAUGUACAUGUUCGACCACGGAGGGACCGACUCCACGCUUCUCCGGGCAGAGGACGGUAGGCUUGGUUUCCUCUUUCUGUCAGGCUUCACCGCCCAAUUCUGGAACAGGAGGAUCGAUUCUGGCCGUGGCGGCGGUGGUGGCGCUUCGUCGUCGUCGUCGUGGGUGCUGGGAAGAACUGCUGAGCUGGACAAGAUACUUCCCCUGAAUUCGGCGCCCAAGGGGCUGAUCCUCAUGGUGCUGGGUGUUGCUGAGGACAGCAAUUUGGCCUUUUUGCUCACGCCUCUCGGUGUCUUCAUGGUACACCUUGAGUCGUUUCAGGUGUUGAGACAGGUUGAGACGAACGUCAUCACUUGCUAUUUUCCGUUCGAAAGCGUCUAUACUCCAGAAACAUCCAUUGGUGGUGGACGUGAAAGAGCUGAACUUUUGCUCGAUUCAUAAGAUGAUUGCCCGGUUAGAAUUGCUAUGUGAUCUACUGGUUAGGCAGGUAUCUAGAAUUCCGGUGGCUGAGAUGCAGGAUUGGCUUAUUGGGGUGUGUAUCCCAUCCAAACACGGCCAGGUGUGUAUCGUGCAAGGUCAUGGAGCGAUAGGAAGUGAUCGAAAGAAAAAGCACCCGUACAUUCCGCCAUGUCGGCCGCUCGAUUUUAGCAUCUCAUGUAACUAUGCUGUUGUGGUCAUUGACGUGCUCUUGUGGGGUGAAAUUGAAUUUUGGUCAAGUUGCUAGUUCGAACUCUCCGCCGCUGCAAAUGCAGUUCUUGGUGGCAAGCAUCAUGUGCACACCUAAA